CUUCGUGCGAUUUGGAAUGCCGUAUGUUCGGGUGUCUGCAGUGCGGUGAAAAAAUUUGUGGAAUUCAUGACAAACAAAAACCCAUCAGCGGAAGAGGAGAUUCUUCAAUCGCGGAAAUGUAUUGCGAUGACUGCCGAACAACCAUCACAGGAACAGAAGCAUCUUCGAGAUCGAACGUCGCAAUUCGCAAAUAUUUCAUGGAAAAGAAUUGCUAAUGCUUCGAGUGUUGGCAGUUUUGCGGAAUAUUUGGUGGAAGCGAUGACAGCCGAACACCCAUCACAGGAACAGAAGCUUCUUCGAGAUCGGAUUUGGCAAUUGGCAAAUAUCGCGUGGAAAAGAAUUGCUAAUGCUUCGAGUGUCGGCAGUUGGGCGGUCUAUUUGGUGGAAGCGAUGACAGCCAAACACCCAUCAAAGGAACAGAAGCUUCUUCGAAAUCUGAUUUGGAAAUUGGCAAAAAUUGCGUGGAAAAUAAUGGCUAAGUGCUUUACUUAUCCAUAUGUGCUUGUCACCGCUGCCGCUGCAGUUGUAGCUGUUAUCGUCCUUAUUUUCUACUUUUCACAAAAGAACAAAACUCAAUAG